UUUAUUAAUCUUCCCAAUCUUGUCAUUGGAACGAGUUAGGGCAUCUGAGUUGACUCGGUCAUCACCCCAAUCCAAGAUGUCAUAUUCAAGGGAAGGAAGGUCAGCUUCACCGCGUGGCUCUGUUUCACCUGAAAGAGGCCGUCAUCGUUCAAGGUCAAGAUCAAGGUCUUUGCCAAGGUCCCGAAGGAGUCGAUCCAGGAGUCGUUCUGUUGAUGCGGCAAAUCCAGGAAAUAACUUGUAUGUUACAGGUUUAUCCACAAGGGUUACUUCCAGUGAUCUUGAGAAGUAUUUCAACAAGGAAGGGAAGGUUGUAGAAUGCCAUCUGGUAACAGAUCCCCGUUCGAGAGAGUCUCGUGGAUUUGCUUUUGUCACCAUGGAGACUGUUGAGGAUGCAGACCGCUGUAUCAAGUAUUUGAACCGCUCGGUGCUUGAAGGUCGAUUAAUCACUGUUGAAAAGGUCUUGUAUGUGUGUAGCUUCAUCGAAUUCACAAUCUAAGCUCUUAACAGUUGAACCUGUACCCCAUCACGACAUGACUUCUGCAUCGACAUUCCAAACUCAUCGAUUCAAACUCGACUAUUUUGCUGAGGGUCGUAUGCCCUUUUUUCAUUUUCGUGAUCAGUAACAGUAUCUGGAGUGGCUGUUUAUUAUUUCUAUGUUGUUUUUCAAAUAUCCUCAAGACAUACACGUAGCAUCAAUUUUUGGGUCUUAUGGUGCUUAUUCAAUUGAAGGUGAAUAUCUUAUCUUAUUUGUUUACAAUAAAGGGUGACUCAAAAAUUUAAGCAGCCUUGGGAAAUGCUUGCCAUAAUGGCAUCUGGAGCAGGAUAAGUUUUAUGUGAGGAAAAUUACUUCUUGUUCUGCAUACUGUAGACGCUAGAUGUGGAUCUCUACAAUCUGAGAGGCGACUUCCAGGAUCUUUUGGUGUAAAAUAGUUUCAAAACCUCACGUUGUCGUUACCAUAAUGUUGUGUCUAUGUUGCUGACUUGUUUUAUGAGUGGUAAUUUUAUCUUUGCUUUUAUUUUUGUAAUGCAGGCUAAAAGGUCACGUGGCAGAACCCCAACUCCUGGCAGGUAUCAAGGCCUGAGAGAUAAGCGAGGACACGGCCGCAGAAGGUCUCGUAGUUAUUCACCUCGCCGGAAUGACAGAGACUAUCAGUCAAGGGGUAGGCGAGGAAGAUCAAGAUCUCGUUCCCAUUCCCCAUAUGCUAGAAAGACAGAUGAUUAUGAGUCCUCUAGGAGACGCAGGGAUCGCUCCAUUUCUGCUGAUGGUGGCAGCCACCGAAGAUAAAAGAGCUAAGCCAUUCCUCCAAUGCCUGUAUGAAGCUGUUCCUCACUCAGGAAAAUUGCAAAACAGCUAUUAUCCUCAUUCACUAGUUGAAAAAUUUGUAUUUCUGUUGUAUUGUGGGAUCACAAUCAUUAGCACCAUCUGGUUCCUAGAUGUCUGUAUUGAUAAUGUAGCUAGUAUGAGUUGUGUGUGUUUUUAUUUACCUGUACUUUGAUUGUAUCUCCAAUUUGGUUUGAAAUUUGAAGUAAACUAGGACCCCGCUGCUGUCACAAUUUCCACAAUCAAGUUCUAUAUGUGAUAUGAUAAUAUAAUGGUCAGUAGGAAUGUAGAUGGAGUACUAGGCGUAUAAUAAUGCUAAAUAAAUAAAUAAAUAAUGAGUGUUUUU